ACCGAGGGGAGAAAGGAGAGGGGCCAAGCGAAGGGCGGAGCGGGCGUUCUUGCUCUCGCGGUUUGCCUUCGAAAGAUGGAAACCGAAGCGUGCCCUCCUACCUUUCCUCGUCCUCCAUCUUCUCCCCCUCCGCCACGCGCCGCCGCCGUCGAUCCCUCUUCUCCCGCCGAUCGCGAUGCAGAUGUCGCUUCUCCAGCCCUUACCGGAGACGGAGGCCUCCUAGAGGCGAUGGAGUCCUCCACCGCCGGUACCCUCCCGGAUGCCGAUAUCUUUUCCGACGCACCCGAAGACCAAGACCCUGAGGAGGGGACGGGCGUUCCAUCUGGUCCCGCUGUUCUUACCGACGAACUCCGAGAUAAGAUCGUGCGACAGGUUGAAUACUACUUCAGUGAUGAAAAUCUUCCUACGGAUAAGUUUUUGUUAAAAUUUGUGAAGAGGGACAAGGAAGGAUUUGUUCCUAUUGCAAUUAUUGCAUCCUUCAGAAGAAUGAAAAAGCUUGUUCAGGACCUCUCUUUGAUAGAGGCUGCACUCAGGACAUCAUCCCAGCUUGUUGUUAGCAUGGACAGGAAAAAGGUGAAGAGAUUACAUCCACUACUAGUUACUGAAAUCAAGGAUACAAAGCCAUGCACUGUUCUAGCGGAGAAUCUACCAGAGAAUUACUCAAAAGAUAUUAUCCAAAGACUCUUUGGUAAUAUUGGAAACAUUGUGAAUAUUACCAUUCAUGAUCCACAUUCAAUAGAGGAAUCUGCCACAACCAGGAAGGCUGAAAUUGCAAUCAGUAGUAAGGUUUAUGCCCUGGUUGAGUACGAGAAGGUUGAAGCAGCUGAGCGUGCUGUUGCCACUCUGAAUGAUGAAAAGAAUUGGAGAACUGGAAUGCGAGUUGAGCUUUUGCUCAAGCGAAUGGAGAAGUAUGGACUAGUCCAGAAAGGAUACAAAGGGACCUUUUCCGAGAAGAGCAAUGAUAUUCAAACAACAGAAAUGACAGGAGAUGGGAAGAAGAUGAAAUCUGUCAACUACCAUAAUGAGAUGGCUGAGAAAGUGGAGGAGCAAUCUGCUAUUGUCAGAGGCGGGCGGAGGAGUCGGUACAAGAAUCGAGGAAAGGGUCACAGUCAACGAAAUGAUAAUGGGCAUGGACAUGGAAGUAUUGCAUCCGGUUCCAGCAGCGAAUAUAUGAGCAAGCCCGUUCCUGGGCCAAGGAUGCCAGAUGGAACGAGGGGUUUCACGAUGGGACGGGGUAGACCUGUUGUUUCAGAUCACGAAUCCACUCAGCAUGAUGCAUGAAGGCGUUUCAAAACUCUGACAACGAUCAGGUUUUCUUACAGUGAAAAAAAAAAAAAAAGGCAAUUAUCGGGUUUUCUUUCAAUGAUUCUGGACAGAUGGUCUGCCUUUAAAUUAGACUUGAUUCCUCUUAUAUGUUCUUUGAGAUCUCUUGUGGCUACCUUUGGAUUAAGGGGUGGGGGAAAGGAUAUAUUAUGAAUACAGUUGUUGGGUAGACUGUUAGAUUUGAUGUUGAUGAAAUUAUCUCUUCUAUUGCAGCUGUAA